AUUGACAUGUUGCCAUGACAACCCAAUUAAACACAUCAUUGAUGCAGUAUACAUUGCAGCCAUAAUAAAACUUGUACUUUUUAAUUAUUAAAUUCUCUUACUCUAUUCCAUAGUUGCUUCUAAAUUAUAUUCAUGAUAAAUGGAAAAUUACAAAAUCUUGGAACGAAUUGGGGAAGGAACACAUGGACAAGUGGUUCAAGCCAUGGAACGGUCUACUGGUAAAAUAGUCGCCAUUAAGUGCGUACGUUCAUCGGACAAAGCGUCAAAGAACUUGCUACGCGAAAUCGAAUCACUGAAAGCGCUGGAUUCCGAUUACGUCGUAAAGCUGUUGGAUCAUUUCUGUCACAGUUUCAGUUUCUAUUUGGUACUAGAGUUCGUGGCGUCUGGCUUGCCAGAGAUGUUGUACGAUGACAAUGUAUUGCUCGACGAUUCCCAUCUGAAAACUUACGCGCGUAUGCUCCUCGCCGGUGUAAUGCACAUGCACACGAAAAUCAUGCACAGGGACCUGAAACCGGAAAAUUUGUUAAUAAGUUCCGAAGGCGUUUUAAAAAUAGCGGAUUUCAGCUUGAGCCGCCUGCUAUUGACAAACGCAACUGCGGACAACGAUGACGCGAAUGAACAGCGUAACGGACGCGACCGAUGUUACACAGGCCAAGUGGCAACGCGCCGAUACCGUGCUCCAGAACUCUUGUUCGGCUCUGUCCACUACGAUCAGUCAAUUGACAUGUGGUCGGUCGGUUGCAUUUUAGCAGAAAUGCAAAUGAAAACUCCUUUGUUCGCGGGAGAUUCUGAUAUGGAACAGAUUGCCAUCGUAGUGCAUAAUUUAGGGACUCCAACUGAUGAAACUUGGCCAAAUAGAAAUGAAAUGCCAGAUUACAAUAAAUUGAAGUUCACGAAGUGUGAUCCAGUACCAAUAAAUGUUUUGUUGCCUGAUACUGAUGAAUUAUUAACUGAUCUAGUGGGAAAAUUAAUUUUAUACAAUGCAGAUAAAAGAUUGAACGCGUACGAGGCAUUACUUCAUCCUUAUUUUUUUAAUGAACCAUUACCAUGCUUGGAACACCUAAUGCCAAAACCACCAAAGGAUCAUAGACAAAAACUAAUGCAAAAACCAAUCGAAGUAAUUGAAAGUUUGGAAAGAAAUUUUAGUUGUUUAUACCAAAUACUUGAUGAGACAUUGUAAAUUU